GUGACUGCAUUUUUCUGUUCUCUGGCUUUCUGAAAAUGUCUGGACGUGGCAAGGGUGGAAAGGGGUUGGGGAAAGGGGGUGCCAAGCGCCACCGUAAGGUGCUCCGUGACAACAUCCAAGGUAUUACCAAGCCUGCGAUCCGGCGCCUGGCCAGACGCGGCGGCGUCAAGCGCAUCUCCGGCCUCAUCUACGAGGAGACCCGAGGGGUGCUCAAGGUCUUCCUGGAGAACGUGAUCCGGGACGCCGUCACCUACACCGAGCACGCCAAGCGCAAGACGGUCACCGCCAUGGACGUGGUCUACGCGCUCAAGCGCCAGGGCCGCACCCUCUACGGCUUCGGCGGCUAAACAACCUGGAACUCCCUAACUUACUAAAAAGGCCCUUUUUAGGGCCCCCAAGUUCUCA